CCCCCCUCCCCCCCAAGGAACCACGCAACAUUCCAGACGAUGAUUGUGUGGCGGCCAGCCUGAACUGACCACCAUGAGGGCCGUGCCGACCUGGGUGGACAAGGUGCAUGAUCGGGACAAAGUAGAACAGUGUAUAUAUGACUUGUGCUUUAGACCUGAUGGAUCACAGCUGAUUGUAGCAGCAGGAAACCGUGUGCUGGUGUAUGACACAACGGACGGAGCGCUGGUGCAGCCUCUCAAAGGUCACAAGGAAGCAGUUUAUUGUGUGGGCUACAGUAAAGAUGGAAAACGUUUUGCUUCUGGCAGCGCUGACAAGAGUGUUAUCAUAUGGACUUCAAAACUUGAGGGCAUCCUUAAAUAUUCGCACAAUGAUGCUAUACAGUGCUUGGCAUACAACCCUGUGUCCCACCAGCUGGCCUCCUGUGCCCUCAGUGACUUUGGCUUGUGGUCACCUGAGCAGAAGAGUGUACAGAAGCAUAAGAGCACAAGUAGGAUUUGUUGCUGUGCCUGGACCAAUGAUGGGGUGUACCUGGCCCUGGGACUAGCCAAUGGGGUGGUCUCCAUCAGAAGCAAGGUUGGAGAAGAAAAAAUGAGAAUUGAACGUCCAGGAGGAAUAAACUCCCCAAUAUGGUCGCUGGCCUGGAAUCCUUCAAAAGAUGAGCCUGUGGACGUUCUUUGUGUUGCUGACUGGGGCCAGAAUCUUUCUUUUUACACUCUCAGUGGUAAACAGGUGGGAAAAGAAAGGGUGCUUGGCUUUGACCCUUGUUGUGUGAGUUACUUCAGUAAAGGAGAGUAUAUACUGGUAGGAGGCUCCAACAAAGCCUGUCUGCUAUACACCAGGGAGGGGGUCAAGCUAGGCACCAUUGGGGAGCAGUCAUCCUGGGUGUGGUGCUGUGCUGCUCGUCCAGACUCCAACUUUGUGGCUAUUGGAUGUCAAGAUGGAACAAUUGCUUACUACCAGUUGAUAUUUUCCACGGUGCACGGCCUCUACAAGGAGCGCUACGCUUUCCGAGAGAACAUGACAGAUGUCAUAAUACAACAUCUUAUCACAGAACAGAAAGUGAGAAUCAAGUGUCGUGAUCUUGUUAAAAAGAUUGCGAUCUACAAACAUCGCUUGGCAGUGCAGCUGCCUGAAAGAAUCAUCAUCUAUGAGCUGUACUCCCAGGACGCCUCAGACAUGCAUUACCGAGUCAGGGAGAAGAUCAAUCAGCGCUUGGAGUGUAACCUGCUGGUUGUUUGCACCAAUCACAUUGUUCUCUGUCAGGAAAAGCGUCUGCAGUGCCUCAACUUUGUUGGGAACAAAGAGCGUGAGUGGCAAAUGGAUUCACUGAUUCGGUACAUCAAGGUGGUGGGAGGCCCAGCCAGUCGGGAGGGUCUUCUCCUUGGCCUCAAGAAUGGACAGGUGCUAAAGAUCUUCCUGGACAAUGCAUUUCCUGUGCCACUGCUGAAGGUUCCCUCAGCCAUCCGGUGCUUGGAUCUGAGCUCCUCCCGCCAGAAACUUGCCGUGGUGGAUGAGCACAGCACACUUCUGGUUUAUGACGUCAAGACUUCAGAGAUGUUGUUCCAGGAGCCCAAUGCCAAUAGUGUUGCUUGGAACACAAGUUGUGAAGACAUGCUGUGUUUCUCUGGAAGCAACACGUUAAAUAUCAAAGCUUCUAAUUUUCCAACUCAUCAGCAGAAAUUGCAGGGUUUUGUUGUUGGGUUUAGUGGCAGCAAGAUCUUCUGUCUGCACAUUUACAGUAUGUCAACUAUUGAGGUGCCACAGUCUGCUCCAAUGUACCAGUACCUCGAUAAAAAAAUGUUCAGAGAGGCCUAUGAAAUUGCAUGUCUUGGUGUCACUGAUGGAGACUGGGAAGCGCUGGCCAAGGCAGCUCUUGAAGGCUUGGAAUACAACAUUGGCAAGAAGGCAUUUACUAGAGUGAAGAAUCUACGAUACCUAGAACUGAUACAUUCAAUUGAGGAUCGACAACACAAAGGAGAGGUUGAUAACAACUUAUUUCUGGCUGACAUUUUGGCAUAUGAAGGCAAGUUUUCCGAGGCUGCCAAGCUGUACCACAGAUGUGGCAAGGACCAGGCAGCCAUGAACAUGUACACAGACCUCAGAAUGUUUGAUCUGGCACAGGAGUAUCUUGGUUCUGAUGAAACUGUGGACAGGAAGCAGUUAAUCAGGAAGAAAGCAGAUUGGGCUCGAAAUAUCAAUGAGCCUCGGGCAGCAGCAGAGAUGUACUUGUCUGCUGGAGAGACUCACAAGGCUAUUGAAAUAAUGGGAGAGAAUGGCUGGGUUGACAUGCUGCUGGAUGUUGGCCGUAAGACUGACAAGGCUGACCGGCAGACCCUGAACCUGUGUGCUGAACACCUGCGCCGCCUCAACUCCCUCACCUAUGCUGCUGAAAUGUACAAAAAAAUGGGAGAAAUGCAGAGUGUGAUAGAACUUUAUGUGGAGGUGCAAGACUGGGAGGAGGCGUUUGUGUGGGCAGAGAAGCACCCAGAGUACCGGCAGCUGGUAUAUGUUCCCUAUGCCACAUCUUUAGCUGAACAAGACAAGUUUCUACAGGCACAGAAAGCUUUCCAUAAGGCUGGCAAACCAGAGGAGGCCUUCAGGGUGCUAGAACAGCUCACAAUGAAUGCUGUGAAUGAGAACAGGUUUGAUGAUGCUGGCUACUACUUCUGGAUGUUGGCCAUGCAGUGUCUGGACCUGGCAGCUGAGAAUCUGAAGAGAGUUGAUAAAGAAAACAUUCAGUAUAUAAACAUUGAAGAGGAAUACAGCGCCAUGAUGGCAAAGUUUAGUGACUACCAGAAGAAGGCAUCAAUGUACUACGUUUAUCAUACUAUCCAACGCUACAUGGAUGAACCCUUCACUGCCUACAUGCCUGAGGCCUUGUUCAACAUCUCCAGGUUCCUGAUGCAUGAGCUGAUGACUGCACAGCCCACUGGCAUCUCAAAAUUCUCCACCUUGUACACUCUGUCAAAGCAGGCAAGAAACCUGGAAGCUUACAAGCUUGCUCGUUAUGUGCUGGAUAAGCUGCAGGCUCUGCGCAUUCCUCAGAGAUUUCAGGAAGACGUUGAGUUAGCAGCACUCAAGAUUCGAGCCAAACCUUUCCACGACAAUGAGGAGCAUCAGCCACUGUGCUACCGCUGCUCCACAACCAACCCGCUCAUCAACAAUAAUGGCAACCAGUGUGUCAAUUGCUGCCAUGCAUUUGUUUACUCUUUUGUGUCUUUUGAAAUCUUACCGGUUGUUGAAUUUGUGCUUGAGGAGGGAUUGUCUGACGAGGAUGCUCUACACCUGAUCCAGCAGUCUGGAGGGAGUGACUCAAGGAAUGGCAAUGACACAAAAGCAGGUGCUUAUGAUGAAGAGGAAGACAACCACUGGAAGCGUUCAGACUCAGGCACUGCUGAGGCGCUCACCCUUGAUGGCUCUCCCACGCACGCUGAGCCAAGCGAUGACCCAUUCACUGCUAAUCUCAUGAACUUUUAUGGUGGCUCAGAGUACCAGCCAGUGACUGUGGGUAGGAAGGCUCUGAUAGCAAUGGAGCCCCAUGAUGUCAUUGUCUGUCGCUGGCCAAAGCCCCUCAGAUUCCAGUACUACAAGAACUUUAUGCCAGACAUGCCAAUUACUCUCUGUGUCCACUGUAAUAAGAUGUUCCACACUGAUGACUACACUCUGCAGGUGCUCCAGAAGGGUCACUGUCCCUUCUGCCGCACACCCAUUGGAGACACUUCUGACAACAACAAUGACUGAACACUUAGUAAUGGGUGCAUGUGUUUGAAGUGCAAGUGAAAAUAACUGACAGGUAUGAAUAACUUUAAUGGUAGGAAAUUUCUUCACUGUAUUCUAUCAACCCACAACAAUACCUUCACUUAAAACACAAAAUAAAUAUGUAACUACGUUGGAGUUUGUACACCAUCACUCAUUUCAACAUUUUAGAGUCAAGUGUAUAGUAUACCUUUCUGUGUCUGCUGCUUGUAUUUGUAUAAUAGUAGUGAAGCAUUCCAAAAAUCAGAACAUGACUAUAUUUUGGCCAUGGGGUUUUUUAAGGCUGUUCCUGCCAUUUUUCUUUUAUUGCAGUAGCCUCCUCCUCCUUCAAACAGGUACCUACCUCAUCAGAUUAUGAAGACUCGCAGGAGAGGAGUGGCCUCCUUGAACUGAUGGAAAAAGUGUUCUAUAAUUCAUGAGACUUGUGAUAUUAAGGAAUUGAAUUGAGUCACGAAUAACCUAAGAAGUGCUGUAGUACGAGUAUUCAUGUCAACAAAUCUAGUACUCAAGCAAAGAAGGAUAAAAAUCAAUAGAUUUCUUUAAGAUGAAUUUGUACUUUAUGACCAUGUCAGUAAACAAAAAUUUUUA